GCCGCGCGAUUUCGUCCGGGCUGGAAACCAGCGCCCGCAGAGUUUCGUUCCGGGCAUAACGAGUACCGCUCGACGUAAAAGUUCCGCCCUGCCAACUCGGCUAAAGUUCGCGCUCUCGCCCGUGACCCCGAGCCUCUUAUCUCUCUCGGCGAUGCUCUUAGCUCGGGGGGUCUCCGUGCCGGCAAGCGCGGGGUGGACUCGUCUCCACGCUGCAGGGAUGGCGACGGCGGCGGCAUCUCGGGGCAAGGAGGGCGGUGGUGGAGGGAGACUUGCGGGCAAAGUGGCGAUUGUGACCGCGUCGACAGACGGCAUCGGCUACAGCAUCGCGGAGCGGCUGGGGCGCGAGGGAGCGCAGGUGAUGAUCAGCAGCCGCAAGGCGGACAACGUGGAUCACGCGCUGGGCCGCCUGCGCGCUCAGGGCUUGCUCGUGUCCGGCACGGUGUGCCACGUCGGCAAGGUUGAGCACCGCUCGCAGCUCAUCGCCAAGACAAUCAAAGAAUUUGGAGGGAUUGACAUCCUGGUCUCGAACGCUGCCGUGAAUCCUUUUGCUGGAGACAUUCUGGACUCGACUGAAGAAGUGUGGGAUAAGAUCCUGGACAUAAAUGUCAAGUGCAUGUUUAUGAUAACCAAGGAGGUCGUCCCACACAUGAAGACCAGAGGCGGAGGCUCCGUCGUGCUCGUGGCCUCCAUCGCGGGCUACCAGCCGUUCAGCGAGCUGGGCCCGUACAACGUGAGCAAGACGGCCCUGCUGGGCCUCACCAAGACUCUCGCUCCACGGCUCGCCCCCAUGAACAUCCGCAUCAACUGCCUGGCACCGGGCAUCAUCAAGACGCGCUUCAGCUCCUUCCUCUGGGAGAACAAGGACAUGCUCGGCGAGUUUGUGAAACACAUCCCCAUGGGACGUAUCGGCGAGCCAGAGGAGUGCGCGGGCACCGUGGCCUUCCUCUGCUCCGAGGACUCGGCCUACAUGACGGGCGAGACGCUGGUGGUGGCGGGCGGGUGCCCGUCGCGGCUCUGAGGAGCGUCCGUGCUUUCCCGGUCGCGGCUCGGCGACCCCCCUGACCUCCGGCAGGUGAUUGAGUAUCGUGAAAGCGACCGCUUCACGUCGGACAGGGUGGUGGGGGGGCGCGGAGCCGGAGGGUGGCGGCACGGAUGGAGAUUCACCAAGGGCCGCGUGGGCACGGGUGGGCACGGGUGGGCACGGCGGCUCCCUCGCGAGGAACGUGGGGCGGGCACGCGCCAACGCCGCAGGAGGACCAUUCGCAGAUCGUGUCGCCAAUUCCGUGACGUGGGUUCGAUUCAAGAUAUCGGAGGGAGACGGACCAACAAGCGAGAAUUUGGGGAGAAUGUGUUUGCGCUGAUAUGGGAUGCCGUGCCAUCGCAGCCCUCAAAUCACGAUCGUCGUAUAAUUUCUUCCCAUUAUAUUUUAUUGUUGACGAAUGGGGUGUCUGCAAAUGGAUCGCCCUGUGUAAUUCACGAUGGAAUCCAAGUAAAGCAAGGAAGAAAGAAAACCACGCGAGUGCGUGGAUUCUGGAAACGGUGUCAAACUCGUGGUUUGUCCUUGCGAGUAAUUAAUUAGCGACGAUAACGGCAACCUUGACGCCAGGCAAAACAAGGAGGCAGCACCGUGUGUUGGCUGCGGUGAGGCAGCGGCGCUGCCACGAAGGGCAACUUACGCGUUGGUUUGUGUCUCCAAGUUUAUGGGCAGCACCUUUGAUCAAUAUGGUCGGCCUCAAUCGAGUAAGUUGCUGAAGGGCAGCAUAAAUUUACGUGGAGAGUUAAUUUCAAAUUAGACAUGUUGACGUGAGUUUGCCGUGAUCCCACGUUAUGGACGGACGGACUGGCAGGCAGGCAGGCAGAUGGACGAUCAGAUAUAAUGCACAAACACUUUCGGUCAUAGUUGCGAAGCAUUAAUAAAAAGUGAGAAAAUACGACGGCUGCUUGCAAGGGUUGAGCACCAGUGAUUGACAGCAUCCCUGAUUUUAAUGAAUAAGUAACGCAGCGAAGGCAUAAUUACCGAGUUACAGAGAUGUCAAUGUCACCAUUAAAAAUGUGCUCUAAUGACAA